AGACCCAAUGCUGGCAAUGGAAAAGCUAACAAAUUUACAAAAGGAAAUCGAUUGAUCCAUACUCACUUGAAAGAGAUGGCAGCUGAGACAUUUCAAAAUGUUUUGGAUGUAUACAGACAGGAGAAGUUGAUAACUUCAAAAGCACAUUCCAUAAAUGUUCAAUCAAGAUGGGGAUGGGGAGAAAUCAAGAUGGCUCUGAUUGGCAUUCAUGUCCUUGGUGCAGACAGAGACUAUUCUAGAUGUUUAGAGCAUCUUGAGAAGAUACCAGAGCUACCUGACAUUGAUGUCACUGAGGCAAGGAAAAUCUUCCUUUAUCAGUUUGUGGAAAAUUCCAGUCCAGAUUUGUAUUUGUGUCACCUCGGACAUAACCUGUACGUGAAUGCCUUGGUGGAUAAAAACCAGGAGGUUCUCCAAAAACUCCAAAAUGACUACCAUGUAGAUUUCACAUUGUUUGAAAACCCUCUACAUUUGGCCGUGGAGUGCCAUCUUCUUCCUAUGAUGGAAUAUUUAGUGAAUGAAUAGGGAAUGGAUGUGAAUUGUGUUGAUGACAAAGGUAACACACCACUGCAUCAUUUGAUGAAGUAUCGUCAGCAUCCUAUUUUAAUUAUAAGUUUUGAUUCUGAAAAGUCUAAUGCAAGAUAUGACAACAGCUUAAGAACUGAAGUUCUGCAAUUUUUAAAGAACAGGGGUGCCAAUCUGUUAGUUCGUAACAAAAGGGGAAGAACACCCUUACAGUACGCUAUUGUAGAUCAAAACAUAACAGACGUUGACGAGUUCAUUGAUGCGUAUAGCAAUUUCAACGACUUUAAUCAUGAAACUCGUAUAGAAAUCUUAGAACUCGUAGCAGCAAGGCAGAUAUUCAGUGACAAGGAGGAAGAGUUUGUUGGAGGAAUUAACACCUACAAACGUGCUCUGGUCGAAAGAAGGAAACAUGGUAUUCCAAAUACUAGUAAAAUGCCCCCACGGGAAGUUUUCUUUGAGAGUACUGUUGAACCUGAUGUAGAAAAUUCCGAGUUUUUGGACUUAAUCUGCACUCCAGGAGAAAAAAGGAAAAGACAUAUUCUUGGCCUUCUGAUUUAUGAGAGAAUUUUAGGAUGUAGACAUUUUUGUUUCCUGAAGAAAAGUUUUUCAUAUCUUACACGAGAUUUACAACCAGGUCUUAGGGACGGAGUAGUGUCUACCCAUCACCUUUUGCAGAGUUUGACAUUUUAUUUCAAUAUCCUGAAAAAUGAAAAGGUGUUUAAGGAUGGUGAGGAAGAGCCCAGGAAUUGGUUUGAUCAGCCUUUCGAUGUUGAAAAAGUGUCUAAACUGGUAACAUGUUUCGACUUUGAAAGAUACAAUUGUAUGUUUAAUACAGACGAACUUCUGGAUCUGCUAUUAAAUGUAUAUAUUAGCGUAUUCCAGUUAAAAAUUGAGCUGGGUGAAGUACCAAGUGAGAAAGACAGAGUUCAUUUGUUCAGUUUUUUAGACAUCAUUUUCUCACGAUCAUUGAGUAAAGAAAAUGAAUUCACUUUGAAGGAAGUGCAAAACUCCUCAUCAAUGCCAGCAAGUGUGGACCAGUUGGACUCAUUCACAGUAUUGUGGAUCCUAUGCUGACACUAAGAGGGGAAUACUAUGUUUACAUUUUCAAUCACGGUCCAGAAAUUUUGGAAAUGCUCCUGGAUUGUGGGGCCUCUAUAAACGAACUGAACGAACAAAAAAUGAACAUCCUGCAAUUGUUUUUUGUAAAUACCCUCGAAAACUUCGAUGAAGAGUCAUAUGAACUUUUCCCAGCUGCUGAAGUUGACAGUUUUAAUAACCAAUUGAGGAAAGUUGUGAAUAUAGCAUUGGAAAGGGGUGUGCAUGUAGAUAAGGGAUGUGUGAUCAGACAAUUUGGGCAAGAAGUUUUUAAAACUCCGUUGGAUCAAGCUGUGGGCACAGAAUUUUAUCCUAUUCUGAAUAAUCCCAAGUACAGAAGUCUUAAAUGUCUUGCAACAUCUGUAAUUAUAGCAGAAGACAUUCCGUACAGGAAUGAGAUCCCACUAGAACUCAUUCAUUGGAUUGACUUUCACAUGGGAAAGGGAGAAUUUUAUAAUUAAAUUCAUAAAAUGUAAAGCCUU